AUGAAUCAGUGGGUAGCUAAAUGGACUAAGAUCUAUCUGAAAUGCUUCAUAAAUCUGAUUUUAUAUCACCGCAACGUGUAUCCUGCAGCAUCAUUUGAUUUCACCACAUACCAAGCGUUUGAUUUGCCGCAGUUCACCCCUAUGAACAGACAUCCGGGACUGCAAAAUUAUAUUGAAGAACUCGUAUUGGAUUUAAUCAGCAAACUUUCGCAUAUAUACAGUCUGUCAUUAUGCAUAGUAUCUAAGGAGGAUAAUACAUGCAUUGAAAGAUAUGUCUUAAGCUUUCACGAGUUUCGCCAUGUUGAUGAUAUUGGAUUGUUAUCUGAAACUGAUGUGUUUGAUGAGUUUCGUUCCUGUCUCAACAGCCUAACUGCCCAUUUGGAAACGCUUCCCUAUGUCAAAGACGAUAAGGUUACUUUUGAAACGGUGAUCAACACAAUGGAUAUGGAGUUAGGACACAGGCCUGAAAAUAUGACAACUUUGAAGACUAGACAAGAUCUACUUGCAUUCAAUAGAGCUACAAAUUGGACCAAAUGUCAAGAAGAUGAGGGAUAUCCUAAUGGGAACGAAAAUCUCGGGAUGUACAACCCUAAGAUCAAAAUGACGUCGCUUGUUGGUUGUGACGUUGGGCCUCUGAUCAUUCAGCAGCAUUGCGAGAAGCUGCUUGCAUCAGAAAAGGAUCUAGAAAGUUUCUAUUGUAGAGAUGGAAGAGGAAGUCCUUUCUCUCCGCUAUAG